CUACGGGGCGGGUUCCACCGCCCAGGAGAGCGCACGGCGGGCGCUGCCGGCCCUGAGCGCUCCCGCCACCGCCGCCGCUCCCGGCCCUGCGGGCCGGCCAUGCCCCGAGCUCCGGCUGCGGCGCGCACCCAGACCCGGCGAUGAGGAGUGGCGCCGAGCGCAGGGGCAGCAGCGCCGCGGCGCCCCCGGGCUCGCCGCCCCCCGGCCGCGCGCGCCCCGCCGGCUCCGACGCGCCCUCGGCCCUGCCGCCGCCCGCUGCUGGCCAGCCCCGGGCCCGGGACUCGGGCGAUGUCCGCGCGCAGCCGCGCCCCCUGUUUCAGUGGAGCAAGUGGAAGAAGAGGAUGGGCUCGUCCAUGUCGGCGGCCACCGCGCGGAGGCCGGUGUUUGACGACAAGGAGGACGUGAACUUCGACCACUUCCAGAUCCUUCGGGCCAUUGGGAAGGGCAGCUUUGGCAAGGUGUGCAUUGUGCAGAAGCGGGACACGGAGAAGAUGUACGCCAUGAAGUACAUGAACAAGCAGCAGUGCAUCGAGCGCGACGAGGUCCGCAACGUCUUCCGGGAGCUGGAGAUCCUGCAGGAGGUCGAGCACGUCUUCCUGGUGAACCUCUGGUACUCCUUCCAGGAUGAGGAGGACAUGUUCAUGGUCGUGGACCUGCUUCUGGGCGGGGACCUGCGCUACCACCUGCAGCAGAACGUGCAGUUCUCCGAGGACACGGUGAGGCUGUACAUCUGCGAGAUGGCGCUGGCUCUCGACUACCUGCGCGGCCAGCACAUCAUCCACAGAGAUGUCAAGCCUGACAACAUUCUCCUGGAUGAGAGAGGACAUGCACACCUGACCGACUUCAACAUCGCCACCAUCAUCAAGGACGGGGAGCGGGCGACGGCGUUAGCGGGCACGAAGCCGUACAUGGCUCCGGAGAUCUUCCACUCUUUUAUCAACGGCGGGACUGGCUACUCCUUCGAGGUGGACUGGUGGUCAGUGGGGGUGAUGGCCUAUGAGCUGCUUCGAGGAUGGAGGCCCUAUGACAUCCACUCCAGCAACGCCGUCGAGUCCCUGGUGCAGCUGUUCAGCACCGUGAGCGUCCAGUAUGUCCCCACAUGGUCCAAGGAGAUGGUGGCCUUGCUGCGGAAGCUCCUCACUGUGAACCCCGAGCACCGGCUCUCCAGCCUCCAGGACGUGCAGGCAGCCCCGGCGCUGGCCGGCGUGCUGUGGGACCACCUGAGCGAGAAGAGGGUGGAGCCGGGCUUCGUGCCCAACAAAGGCCGUCUGCACUGCGACCCCACCUUUGAGCUGGAGGAGAUGAUCCUGGAGUCCAGGCCCCUGCACAAGAAGAAGAAGCGCCUGGCUAAGAACAAGUCCCGGGACAACAGCAGGGACAGCUCCCAGUCCGAGAACGACUAUCUUCAAGACUGCCUUGAUGCAAUCCAGCAAGACUUCGUCAUUUUUAACAGAGAAAAGCUGAAGAGGAGCCAGGACCUCCCGAGCGAACCUCUCCCCACCCCUGAGUCCAGGGAUGCUGUGGAGCCUGUGGAGGACGAGGUGGAACGCUCUGCCCUGCCCAUGUGUGGCCCCAUCUGCCCCUCGGCCGGGAGCGGCUAGGCCGGGACGCCCGUGGUCCUCACCCCUCGAGCUGCUUUGGAGACCCGGCUGCCAGACCCAGGGAGGGCCAUGGGCCGAGGCGUGGCAUUCACAUUCCCACCCAGCAGCCUGGCUGGUGGUGCCCACAGUGCCCCGGACACAUUUCACACCUCAGGCUCAUGGUGGUGCAGGGGACAAGAGGCUGUGGGUGCAGCGGACACCUGUGGAGGGCAGCAAGGAGGGCAUUGCCUGUGGGCCCCUGAGACCCGCCUGGACGGAGGAAGCGCUGCUGGGCACCCUCUUACCGCUCACGGGGAGCUGGGGCCGUGGUUGGGACAGGAGUCUUUGUCCUCGCUCAGCUCCGAGGCUGUGCACGGCCCUCCUCACAAGGUGACCCUUGCAGCGCAGGCUGCGGGUGCCCCAGGCUCGGCUCAGUUCUUGGAGGUCAAGGGUGUGGGUUGGGGGUAGUGGGUGGGGAGGUGAAUGUUUUCAAGAGCUUCAAACUGCUCCAGCAAUGUCUGUAUAGUUUUCACCUCUGAGAAUUACAAUGUGAGAACCACUC